CCUGCUUGAAAGUUGUAACGUAACAAAACCCUAAAAGGGUUCUUGUAAGAACCUAUCAGCCGCCGGAUUGAUCUUAGCCGUCGAACUCUCCCUAUAACGCCCUAAGUGUCCUACUUUCUUCUUUGAUCUCAGCUCAAAGUUUUGAGCUUUUUCCUCAACACUUUCAUCUGGGUUCCUAGCUAUUCUUCUUUGCUAUUGAUGGUGUCACUAGCCAACAUGGUUCGAUUGAGGAUGACACUCUUUUUUUGGGUGAGUUUUGGUAUGGGGGGAGCUUAAAGUUAGCAUCUUCAAGGUGUAAAUAUGGGUUUUAACUGUAUUAACAAUCAAAGUUUCAAUUUUGGCGGUGGGUUUAGGCUCUAGGUUAGAUUAAUGUUUCUAGGUAGUUAUCUCGUUUUGUAGUUUGGUAAAGGGUAGCGAUCAAUUAGGGUUUUGGAUAAUGUUAUCUGAAUUGGGUCGUAGGCCAAUGAUAGGAGGUAACGAGGGAUCAUUUGGGGAUGAUCUGGAGAAGGAGAUAGGACUGUUGGUCCGUGAACAGCGGAGACAAGAGGUUGAUGAUCUUGAACGGGAGCUCAACUUGUACAGAAGCGGCUCUGCCCCUCCAACUGUGGAGGGUUCACUGAGUGCGGUCGGUGGGUUGUUUGGUGGUGGACCUGCCUUCUCAGCCUUUUCUGGAGCUAAAAAUGGAAAUAGGUAUGUGUCUGAGGAGGAGCUGAGGUCGGAUCCAGCUUAUCAUUCAUACUAUUACUCAAACGUAAAUCUCAAUCCAAGGCUGCCACCUCCUUUGCUAUCAAAGGAGGAUUGGAAGUUUGCACAAAGGUUGAAGGGUGGGAGUUCAGUGGUAGGUGGGAUUGGAGAUAGGAGGAAAGGGAAUAGGGCUGAUAAUGGUGGCAGCAGAUCACUGUUUUCCAUGCCACCAGGGUUUGAUUCCAGGAAACAAGAGAGUGAAGUUGAGGGAGAGAAAGUGCAUGGCUCAGCAGAGUGGGGUGGUGAUGGACUGAUUGGUUUGUCUGGUAUAGGACUUGGAAGCAAACAAAAGAGCCUUGCUGAAAUUUUUCAGGAUGACUUGGGGCGUGUAACUCCAGUACCGGGAAAUCCUUCACGUCCUGCUAGUCGUAAUGCCUUUGAUGAAAACUUUGAGAAUGUGGCUUCUGCUGAAGCUGAGUUGGCUCAUAUGCGACGUGAAUUGAGUUCUAAAGAUUUAAGAUCAAGUGCAAGUGGUCAGGGCUCAUCCACAGUCCACACUGUUGGGCCACCUUCUUAUACUUAUGCUGCUGCUGUUGGUGCUUCUUUGUCUAGAAGUAACACCCCUGAUCCCCAACUUGCGGCUAGGGCUCCUAGUCCUUGCCCAACACCAAUUGGAGGAGGUCGAGUUGGAACAUCAGAGAAGAGAGGUGUGAACAGUCCAAGCACAUUUAGUGGUGUGUCGUCUGGUGUCAAUGACCAUGCAGAUUUGGUAGCUACUCUAUCAGCCAUGAACUUGUCAUCAAAUGGUGUGAUAGACGAAGAGAAUCUGCUACCAUCACAGAUUGAGCAGGAUGUUGAAAAUCACCAGAGUUAUUUGUUUGCUCUGCAAGACGGCCAGAAUCCAGUUAAGCAGAAUGUAUACUUAAAGAAGUCUGAAUCUGGGCAUAUACAAAUGUCAUCAGGCAAGAAUAAUGGGGCACGGUCAGAGCUGAGAAAUCCAUCAUUGCUGGCUGAUAGGCAAGCUGAACUUCAGAAGUCAGCUGUUCCUUUGAAUACUUCUUACUUGAAAGGAUCGCCUACAUCCACUCUAAAUGGGGGAGGCAGCUUACCUGCUCAGUAUCAGCAUUUGGAAGGCACAAAUUCAUCUUUUCCAAACUAUGGUUUAAGCGGAUACUCCUUAAAUCCUGCUUUGGCCUCUGUGAUGGCUAGCCAACUUGGGACUGGUAAUCUGCCGCCAUUGUUUGAAAAUGUUGCGGCUGCAUCACCUAUGGGAGUACCUGGAUUGGAUUCCAGAUUGUUAGGAGGUGGUUUAGUCUCUGGACAAAAUAUAUCAGCUGCUGCAUCUGAAACUCACCAUCUUAAUAGAGUGGGCAGCCAAGUUGCUGGCAAUGCUAUUCAAGCACCUUUUGCUCUUAAUGAUCCUAUGUAUCUUCAGUAUCUGAGGACAUCUGAGUAUGCUGCACAGCUUGCAGCUCUUAAUGAUCCUUCAAUGGAUAGAAACUUCUUGGGUAAUUCGUACAUGAACUUGGUUGAGCUCCAGAAAGCUUAUCUUGGUGCUCUUUUAUCACCCCAGAAAUCGCAGUAUGGUGUCGCAUUGGGUGGCAAGUCCAGCAGUUCAAAUCAUCAUGGUUUUUAUGGAAGUCCCACAUAUGGUGUUGGCAUGUCUUUUCCUGGUAGCCCUCUAGCAAGUUCUGUCAUUCCAAAUUCUCCAGUUGGACCUGGUAGUCCUAUCAGACAUGGUGAGUUGAAUAUGCGUUUUCCUUCUGGAAUGAGGAACUUGGCUGGGGGUGUUAUAGGGCCCUGGAACUUGGAUGGGGGCAUGGAUGGAGGUUAUGCAUCUUCUUUGCUUGAAGAAUUUAAAAGCAAUAAAACAAAGUGUUUUGAGCUUUCAGAAAUUGUGACUCAUGUUGUUGAGUUCAGUGCGGAUCAGUAUGGAAGCCGUUUCAUCCAGCAAAAACUUGAAACAGCAACUAUUGAAGAGAAAAAUAUGGUUUAUGAGGAAAUCAUGCCUCAGGCACUGGCCUUGAUGACUGAUGUGUUUGGUAAUUAUGUCAUUCAGAAGUUUUUUGAGCAUGGACUUCCAGCCCAGAGAAGGGAGCUUGCUGGCAACCUUUUUGGUCAUGUUUUAACUCUGAGCCUUCAAAUGUAUGGUUGUCGGGUGAUCCAGAAGGCAAUAGAAGUUGUUGAUCUUGACCAGAAGAUAAAAAUGGUUCAAGAGCUUGAUGGUCAUGUCAUGCGCUGUGUACGUGACCAGAAUGGAAACCAUGUCAUUCAGAAGUGUAUUGAGUGUGUUCCUGAAGAAAAUAUUCAGUUUAUAGUCACAACAUUCUUUGAUAAUGUUGUGAACCUUUCCACACAUCCAUAUGGAUGCCGUGUGAUCCAGAGAAUACUGGAGCACUGCAAGGACCCAAAGACUCAGAAUAAAGUUAUGGAUGAGAUUUUAGGAUCUGUUAGCAUGUUGGCCCAAGACCAGUAUGGCAAUUAUGUUGUUCAGCAUGUGCUGGAGCAUGGAAAGCCUCAUGAGCGCUCAAUUAUCAUAAAGGAAUUAGCUGGGAAGAUAGUUCAAAUGAGUCAGCAGAAAUUUGCCUCUAAUGUUGUAGAGAAGUGUUUAACUUUUGGUGGUCCUACUGAACGUCAGUUACUGGUGAAUGAAAUGCUUGGUACCACUGAUGAGAAUGAGCCUCUACAGGCUAUGAUGAAGGAUCAGUUUGCUAAUUAUGUUGUGCAAAAAGUAUUAGAGACUUGUGAUGACCAGCAACGUGAGCUGAUCCUGUCACGAAUCAAAGUCCAUUUAAACGCAUUGAAGAAGUACACUUAUGGGAAGCAUAUUGUUGCUCGUGUAGAGAAACUUGUUGCUGCUGGGGAAAGGAGAAUUGCUGCUCAGUCUCCACAGCCUGCAUCGAUGGCAUAGGAUAAGGAAAGAAAGUUGCCUGUACAGCUAACUGAGGCUAGUGUGAGUUUCCUUCUUUCUUUCCCGUAUUUAGAGGUAUGGUUUAUCAUUCUCUACCUAUGUUUUUAGGCAGGUAUGAGCUGUAUGGAAAUAAUAAGUUGUUGCUUGUACUGGAAAACUGUACAUUGUGUAGCUUAAGGUUUAUACAUAGGGUGGAGGAAACGCCAAGUUUCAGAUGUUGAAUACACCUGAGGCCUCUGAAGAGGAGAGAUAAAUGACUAUACUAGUUUUUAAGGGUGUAAAAAAUUAAAUGGUGAGGUAGUUCAUUAUAUCAUAGCGCGACUGUACAAAUGUUGCCAUGUCAAGAGCAGUUGAUGUUUAGGCGAGACCCUACUUGAUGUAUGGUUUUUUUCCCAAUUAAUGUAUUGUUAAUGACAUUUUCCUUGUUUCCAGAAUUGCAUAUUUUUCUUUCAUAUCAACCUGUCUAAAUGCUUACAUCGUAUUUCAUGGUUUGUUCUUUGAUGGAAUUGUUUUUAGCUUCAGUAAGUAAGAAAUUACCAUCAUGGUG